ACACGGUUUAUAUCUAUCUUGAUUGACGGCAUGGGAAGAUGGAAAGUAAGAUCCUAAUCCUCCUUGCCGCAAGCUGUUCCGCCUAGUAUUACGGAAACCGGCCUCCUUCGAUAUAAUUGCUCUUGUGAGAUAUUUGAAGUAUACCUAGGUACUCAAGGUAGUUUCUCCAAACUAUCGACAUGGCAUUCUUGUCAAUUUUUAACAUGGGCUCUCUGAGCCUAGUCGGAGUAUGCGUGGGUCUCGCGUCUUUGCUUUCAUUAUGGUUUAUUAUUACAACUACCAUGGCAUGGUAUCGCCUUCGACACAUCCCCGGCCCAUUCUUUGCCUCACUAUCUCACCUCUGGGUAGCGAAAAGCAUACUCUUCGGUACGCUCCAGAAAGACUUCAGCGGGCUCCCAAAGUACGGGCCCCUGGUACGGGUAGCGCCCAAUUAUAUCUUGACCAGCGAUCCGAAGGUCCUUCGCCAGAUCGCAUCAGCCCGAAGUAACUACGGUAAAGAUGAGUGGUACGAGGCAGUUAGGUUGGUUCCAGGGCAUGAUAACAUGAUUACUUUACUCGAGAACCGUACGCACGACGAGCGCAAAGCAAUGACUAUUAAAGGGUACAACGGACGAGAGAAUAACAAUCUCGAACAUGCUGUUGAUUCUCAGAUCGCCCACUUCGUAGACGUCGUCCGGCGCAAGUACCUGUCGGGGUCUCAAACUCGUCGUGUUGAUCUCGCUCCUCUGGCCCGUUAUUUUACUCUAGAUCUAAUCACGCGGCUUGCGUACGGCCAGGCAUUUGGUUUCCUAGAUGCCGACGGGGAUCUAUACGGAUACACGACCCAGUUAGACAAGACGCUAAAGACGCAGAACCUUUGCCAGGAGGUUCCAUUUCUUAAGCGCAUCGUAUUAUCCCGCCCCUUCUACGCCUUAUUCGGCCCAAAGCCAACUGACGAGGAGGGCCUUGGGAAGAUGAUGGGGGUCACGCAGAAGAUUAUCGGGGAAAGAUUCCAAGAUGAGAACCCUCCGGAUGAUAUGAUGGGGUCGUUUAUCCGCCACGGAAUGACAGCUCAGGAAUGCGGCAGCGAAGCCAUGCUCCAACUUCUAGCCGGGUCGGACACAAGUGCGAUAACUAUUCGUACCACGUUGAUGUAUAUCGUGGCUACGCCUCGGGUAUACUCGCAGCUUAAGACGAUGAUCAAGCAAUGUGUGGAGCGCAACGAAGUUUCUGCCCCUAUUACAUACGAGGAGGCUCAAAAGCUACCCUACUUGAAGGCAGUCAUCCUAGAAGGCAUUCGAAUACGAAGCCCCGUGCCAUACGGGCAUUUCAAGAAAACUCCACCGGAAGGGGAUACGAUCAACGGGAUUUUCAUUCCUGGCGGUACUGCGAUUGGCCACAACUCCCUAGCCAUGACUCGCAGCGAGGCCAUCUUCGGCGAAGACGUCGAGGUGUUCCGACCAGAGCGUUUCCUCGAGUGCGACGAAAAAACCAAGGACGAAAGAGCGUCUACAAUAGACAUCAUCUUCGGCAACGGCCGGUGGAUGUGUGCUGGGAAGCCCAUCGUUAUGAUGGAGCUCCACAAGGUUUUCUUCGAGUUUCUACGCGUAUUCGAUUUCCAGUUGAUCAAUCCCGCCAAAGGCUGGGAUGAAAAAAUCUACUUCUUACCUUUCCAGAAAAACAUGUGGGUGGUAAUCACAGAGGCCAAGACAAACGAAUGAGUCGUUGUCAUAUCACUUCUAGGUAAGGCGUUGAGAAGAGUGUGUUAAGAAACAAGGGAUUUCGAUUUUGAAUUACCAUUAUGAACUCUCAAUUCGCUCCGGUUCUCCUAUCUUAAUAUGUAGGUAUUUAUUAUGCAUAAUUUCAAUAGGAGGAGAGGCGACCCUAUCAAGAGAGAAUAAGGACACUUGAAAGGAUAGCGGUUAGGUAACAAGUCAACAUAAGGAGGGCGUGGCCGGUACGAAAUUAAACCAAAUAGGGGCUUUAACCACAUAGCAUAACGCGCACCCCUUACCAAAAUAAUGAAACAGUAAUGGCGCGAAAGU